AACUCUUUUUCGUGGAAUGUUUUGGAAGAUUUGUUUCUUUUUCUUUGUUCAACAUUGUGUUCUUUUCCUUUCUUCCUUUUAUUAAUGUUUUCUUCUAUGAGGUAGACGGGGUAAGGGGGGAAGGGAAAGACAGAAGGAGCCUGCGAAAGGUUGAUGGAUGGAUGGAUGGAAGACGAGACGAGACUUUAACUCUUAAGUUCGUCGUUUUGCUUUUGCUUUUGCUACAUACCCCCGAUACACCAAAUGUCCUUGUUUUAUCUGACCGUGUUCUUUCUCUCUCUUCUUGUAUGCUUGUGUAUGUGUGUUGUGUCUAGUCUAUGAGUGUACGUAUGUCAGUCAGUGUGUGUGUAUUCAAUCAAUCAAUCAACCAAGCAAUUCCAUGACCGUUGUAUAUAACAACAACGGUGUCUACCUAAAUCAUUUGAUGACCAUACAGUCCUAUCCCAAUCAAUCAGUCAGUCCUGUCCUUCAACCCAACCUCUCGACUUUUAGUCUACAAGGGCUCCACUCCUUAUACCCAUUCCACGCAUACCACGCAACAAGAAAAGGAGAGAAGAAGAAGAAGAAGAGGAGGGAAAAAAAAAAGACUUAUAACCAAUAGACAUGAUCCAAUUCUAUCAAAAAUCAAAUUCCGAAUCUAACCCACACCAUCUAAACACGAACCCAAGAUUUAUAGAAAAGGAACGUAGAUCAAAAAGUCCCACUAC